ACUGUGGGUACAGCAAGGCCACUGAUGGCCUCGGGAGGGAACAUGACUGGCUCCUGUCCAGAUUUGCUUCCUGGGUGGUUGGGGCACAGAGCCACGAGCAGAGGCUGCAGCCACUGACCUGCUCCUUCCAACUUAAUGCCUCUAGCCAAGCUACUGCUUCCUAAAAUGAGACUCUGGGGACUUCUGCCAUUCUUGGUCCCCUUCAUCUUCCUGUGGGGCAUCUGGGAACCUCCGCUAGCAGAGGGGUUCUUUGCCAAAUCAUGCCCAAAAGUCAGAGCAAAGUGUCAAAUUGAAGAAAGAAGCCAGUGUACAAGAGUCAGACAUUGUCCAGAGAAGAAGAGAUGCUGCAUGUUCGCCUGCGGGAAAAAGUGCGUGGACCCCAGUGAAGAUGUAUGCAGUCUGCCACAGGAUGCUGGCCCCUGCUUGGCUUACCUUCCACGAUGGCGGUAUAAUAAAGAAACUGAGACCUGUACUGAAUUCAUCUAUGGCGGUUGCCAAGGGAACCUUAACAACUUCCAAAGUGAAAGUGUCUGUGCUGACAUCUGUAAAAAGAAACGCCUGUCUUCCUGGAUACAAGGUUGA